UUAAACUGCUGUUUUCUUCUAGGCAACUACUGAAGACGGAGCUGGGCUCUUUCUUCACUGAAUACCUCCAAAAUCAGCUGCUGACAAAGGGAAUGGUGAUACUGAGGGACAAAAUGCGGUUCUAUGAAGGUCAGAAGCUAUUGGACUCCUUGGCAGAGACGUGGGACUUCUUCUUCUGUGAUGUUCUGUCCAUGCUUCAGGCUAUCUUCUACCCAGUACAGGGUAAGGAGCCGUCGGUGCGUCAGCUGGCCCUGCUUCACUUCAGAAGCAUCAUCACUCUGAACAUCAAGCUGGAGGACGCCCUGUCCCGCCCCCGCGCCCGUGUCCCCCCCUCUAUCAUACAGAUGUUGCUUAUACUGCAGGGUGUCCAUGAGUCUAAAGGAGUGACUGAGGACUACCUGCGUCUGGAAGCUUUGGUUCAGAAGGUGGUGUCUCCCUACCUGGGAACCCACGGCCUCUACUCCAACGACGGAUCCUCAAUGCAAUACUCCUCCUGCGUACUGGAAAAGCGUCUGCAGCGGCGGUGGCCCAAGUCAGGCGACGCCCCCGCAAAGAACCUGGUGAUGCGCUCCAAGUCCUACAACGUGCCCAUGUUGACGCCUGUGGUGGAGUACGAUACCGAGACAGGCUCCGUGAGCAGCAUGGGCAUCCGCCGCCAUUCCGUCUGCGAGAUGACUUCCUGUCUGGAAGAAGGCGCCAUCAACGACAUCAGCACCACUUCCUCCCUGGCCUCUGCGGCCCAGUCGGGCCUCUCCUCCCUGGAGCAGGAGCUCAGCCUGACAGGGGUUGUUUGUGGUGGAGGUGGUGGAAGUCUGGAUCUCUGUGGGUCUGUGGGGUCUGAGUCUUUGGAGUCCCACCUCCAGCCCUCCAUCUUUCAGGACUCCCACUCCCCAGGACCCUUCCGCGACGGCGGGGGGGAGUCGACAGUGUCCCCCUCUGUUCUGUGUCAGGUCCACUCUGGUUCGGAGACGGGGUCGAUCCCCAGCUGUUCCUCCAGCCCGGAGACAGUGGUAGAUCAGAUACUGGACUCUAUGGACUCUGACCCUGAUGGCAUCUUCAUAGACUUCUCCCACCACAGCUGCUCAGACUCUUCAUCCUCUGGUUACAGCAGGGAGAGUGGUAGACAGAGUGUGGUGUAAUUUGGGGUUUCUGGGAACUUUUCCCUAAUCCCAGUUGGAUGAUCUUAGAUUGCCUGUUUAUUCACUACUGAUUUCUGGAAAAUCUGUGACUAGUGAGAAAGUGUCUGGAGAUUUGCAGCUGUAGGUCUGAUGGAUCUCAAGAGAAUAUCACACCUACUGGCACCAGCGGUACUCCACUCACACCGUCGUCUCUAAAAACACACCGCUCUUUCUCGGGUCUAUUUUUCACGGAAUAUUUCUACAGUAAACUCCCUUUUAUUAAAUCUUUUUUUUUGUGCUUGAUUUUCACUUCUAGUGCUUCGUUUUGAGGAUAAACUGUACUUAUUUGUAUUUCUUUGUGUUUGUAUUACUGAUGCUCAGUGACUGACAACUUUGAAUCAGUCUGAGGUGCCUCUUCUAGUCUUGUGAAAGGUCCAGUGGGAAGGAAACAGUUUGAGGUGCCUCUUCAAGUCUUGUGAAAGGCCCAGUGGAAACGGAACAGUUUGAGGUGUCUCUUCAAGUCUUGUGAAAGGUCCAGUGGGAAGGAAACAGUUUGAGGUGUCUCUUCAAGUCUUGUGAAAGGCCCAGUGGAAAGGAAACAGUUUGAGGUGCCUCUUCAAGUCUUGUGAAAGGCCCAGUGGAAAGGAAACAGUUUGAGGUGCCUCUUCAAGUCUUGUGAAAGGCCCAGUGGAAAGGAGAGAUCAAUCAGACCUAGCUGGGCUCUCUGGGAUGACCCCCACCUGGUUCACCAGAGGUCAUGAGUUCAUUGCUUUCUCAACAUGUCUCUUGUUCAAGAGGCAGUGCUGGGGUGAGGAGAUCAGAUAUGAUUCCAGUGUUCACGUCUUCAUUUUAAGCAGUAGGUAUCAUGUAGGCCUGGGUGACAUUUCUGCCACAGUGAUCUGUGGCUGGGCCUCUGUUUCUGCUUCAACAUUGCCCCCAUGUGGACGGGAUGUGCAACAUUGCCCCCAUGUUUACUCUGCUGCGCCAGAGUAAAAUCUUAAUGUCAAAUACACAAAGAGAUGUGUUUUUGGAACGUGAAGGAGCUGGUGGCUCAGUGGUAAGGAUCUCACCCCAUAAGCAUGGGUUUGUAGGUAUGAUUCCUGACAAAGCCUGGAGGACUGCGACAACUGAUGGUGGUUUUCCCUCCUGUCAACAGCAGAAGUUACGGAGGAAAACCAAUGGAAAAAGUAGACCUGUAGGUUUUUGAAAACUAAGGGUCGUCUACUUAUGACCCCAACACAUCCUGAUCCAGAGCUGUGACUGGGGUUUGAACCUACAACCCUGAACAUACGGGGUGAGAUCUUUACACCAGAGCCACAGACUUCUUCACACCUCUAACUGUUUUCUUUGUCAUUUUCACAUUGAGAAUUGCUGAAAUUUCCACCAAAUCAAACCUAAGAUUUGAACCCAUAACCUCUGUGUUUGACGGCAGGAAUUGAACCUCAAAGACUCUCACACUUCUAGCUCUUCUUACUAGGAUCCAAAUAGUUAAACACAUGCCUUCUCUCAACUAAUGAUUUAGUAUGAUCGUUUGUAUUCUAAAUGAACUUGUAUGACACAGCCAUGACCAACUUCUGGAGUUGGUUUUAUGAUUUUCUAAACAAUGACACGUUCAAAUGUAUUAAUUAUCGUAGCACUUGAUGGACAAGUCAUUCUGAUUUGAUCUCAUGAUUAUGUCAAACUGAACCUCAACUCAAACUUGACAUUUAAUGCAGAAUUUUUGUUGGUCUGUUCAAGAUUAUGGGCUUGAUUCAAUCCGUUGCGCUGAAGAGCUGCUGUGUAGCGUGAUUUACAUUGUCACCUGACCCUUCGGAGAGUAUUCAGAUCCCUUGACUUUUUCAAAAGGUUUUUACGUUACAACUUCAUUCUAAAAUGUAUUAAAAAAAAUCAAUCCCUCAUCAA